AUGAGGUUUUCAGCAGCGCUGGUGGCGGUGAUAAGUGCUUCGCUCGUUAUUGCGAUAACCGGUAGUGAAGUAAUCGAACGAAAUGGGGCACUUUGUGAGGCACAACUGGACGCCAUGCUUGAAGGACUGGACGGUGGGACGCAACGGUGGACCGCGGAGUUGUUUGACACGUGGGGAUCGUGGCCUUCGGGGCAGUUCUCCGGUAAUCGGUACAGUUUCGGAAACUACGAUCAAUGUCGAAGUUUUGGCUAUGAUCAUGAGACUGCGGGGGAAAUUCGUGGACGUUACUGUAUAGCGGUGGUACCAAAGGAGUCCGAUAACCAGACCCAGAGUGGCCGAUUUGUGGUGGAUAUGAAGGGGAUCAACGGACUAGGAAUUGGAAUGUGUUUUCCGCACACCUGCGGUGUUGAACAACUUCAAGCUAAUCUCAAGAAAUUUGUUGAACUCCAGUAUCGAAUUAGAAGCGACUAUUCCUUAGUUAACUGUGCGCCGGAAACAGUUCCGCUCGGCGGAAAACGCGUAGCAGCUAUAACCAUUUUCUCUCUGGUCGCAGUUCUAGUGGUGAUUAGCACAACAUACGAGUCCGUUUCUGUGCUGCGUGGAACAAAACCUGUACCGUUGGCGAUUAGUUUUUCCCUGUACUCCAACUGGAUCACGUUGAUGGCCAUCAAAGCACCGUCGAGUCAAGCAUCGGCUAGAAAAUCAAACGUGAUCGACUGCCUGCACGGCAUUCGAUUCCUGGCGAUAUUGUGGAUUAUUUUCGGUCACAGCUACAUGAUGGUUCUGUCGGCACCUUUGAUCAAUCCCGUGGCCACACUAGACUGGAUCGCCUCACCGCACAGUGCCCCCAUCGUGGCCGGUGCAAUCUCCGUGGACACUUUCUUCGUGCUCAGUGGCUUGCUCGCAUGUUGGAGUUUCCUACGAGAGCUGGACCGCAACCGGAAGAUUAACGUUCCGCUACAGUACGUGCAUCGCUACCUUCGGCUAACUCCACCAUUUGCAGCGUUGCUGUUGUUCACGGUUGGCAUUUACCCAAACAUCGGUUCGGGACCACUCUGGGACUCAUCUCUGGCCGUCACGGCCGACCUUUGCAACAAAUACUGGUGGUCUGCCCUGCUGUACAUCCAGAACUACGUAAAUCCGAACGAAAUGUGCUUGGGCCAUUCCUGGUACCUGUCCGUCGACAUGCAACUCUUUCUCCUAUCUCCGUUUAUUAUCUACCCACUGUGGCGCUGGGGACGUCCAGUUCUGAGCGUGGUAAUCGUACUCAUCAUCUCAUCCGUUGCAUGCAUUCUAGCCGUUUCGAUGGUGCACGAACUGCGAGCUAACAUUCUACUAUCCAGCUUGGAGCGAGACCGAUACAGUUACGUGCCGACGCACACUCGCAUGGGCGCUUGGUUCGUGGGACUGAUUCUUGGCUACGUGCUGCACCGCACCAAAGACGAAUUCGUGUCCCUAUCCAGGUGGAAGGUCAGUCUCGGAUGGACGCUAACCACGGCACUGCUAGUGGGUUGCAUCUUCGGUUACUACCCGCUGAACCAACCAACGGACUACGAGCAGAAUCCACUGGUGGCCGAUGCUCUGUACGACAGCUUGAAGCACGUACUUUGGGCGAUCGCUGUCAGCUGGAUCAUAUUCGCCUGCUGCAACGGGUACGGUGGACCGGUGAAUACCAUCCUGUGCCUACCCGUGUGGCAACCACUCGGCCGGCUGUCGUACUGUCUGUAUCUGGUGCAUCUUCCCAUCCAGACGAUGCUGACCGGUUCGCUAAGGACGGUACGCAGUUUUAGCGAUCUACAAACCAUACACACAUUCUGGGGUGACUUCUGUUACACCCUGAUCGUCGCAGUGGCUUGGACGCUGUGUUUCGAAAUGCCCAUCGCGAAUCUGGACGGAUUGCUGCUGGGAAGAGGUAUGGUUUGA